CGAUGAUUGGCGAGGAGUGCUUUCUUUCCUUGCGUUGUUAAGUGUUCUCGGUUUCGCGCGUCUCUCUCUUUUCCGUUCGCUCUGCCUGCAGUUCCAAGCCCAGUCCAGGCCAGGCCUCCAUACAUACUACUCCUUUGUCCAUGUCAUGCCAUCAGCCAUCAGCUAUAACAAGAAUAUGAAUGCAACCCUCCAUGCUCCGAUCGCCCUUGGCCACCCACACUGGUUCCUCUGCUGUGGCUUGCUCACGCAUUCUGCGGUUGAAUGCGCCGACGCUGGCACGGGCGUCCCGGUGUGGUCUGACGCGAAGCGGGCAUCGGCCAAGGCCCAUGCCGGGCGCUGCAGACAGUCGCCCAGUGCCUUACUCACAGAAGACUGCAUCCACUUCGCUCUUGUCCUCGGCAGGCACAUCGGGCACACCGCCCAACAAAGUUCGAGGGGUGAGGAGAGGAGGAAAAAUCUCCGCAUGAGUUCGACUCAUGAAACAGCCGCCAUCAUGAAUCGAAGGAACAGUGUUGAACACACCCCAUCCAACCAAAUUACGUGCACAUGUACAUUCAUUGUGAGCGCGGUGCAGACGGGCGACCGAGAAUGCUGUCGGCGGAGGCGAAAACGCCAUAAAGGGAGAUGACGAGGGCGGCAUACACGCUCACGCAGAUCCGAGGAUACCCAUCCUGGUCUGCACAGCCCACGAGCUCGCGUUGAUCGGGACAAAUGGCUGCUGAUGCGGUGAUAAGAGGGCGUACAAGUACAUGCAUGCGACGCAGCUGCACGGUAUGGACAAUUCGGCAGGGAGAGAGCAGCGGCU